CCAAGACAAAAGGCGCCGCUCUACUCGCAUAGCUCGCUCUCUCGUUCCGCCCCGCCCGUCUCCCUCGAGCUCGGUUCCCGAUCAAACCGCAAGCGGCGAGUACGAUUCACCCCCCAAGAACCAGUUCCUUGCUCUGAGGUUGCCCCGAAUCUUCCAACUCGUUGGUCUGUACUCUGUACCACAGGAGAUAGGAUGAAGAGGGUGCGCCGCUUCUUCAAUCUGAAAGAUUUGGGGAGGGGGAAAGAGAAGGAUACCGCGGCCGGAACAGCAGUGUCAACAGGAUCAGAUGAUGAGGAUACAAGAUUCACACUGAAUGUGGAAACGUUUAGCUUCAAAGAGCUAUCUGAUGCAACCGCUGAAUUCAAUGAUAUCUUCCUGAUAGGCUCUGGAGGCUCUUCCAAAGUCUAUGAAGGCCACUUACCCGGGAUUGGAAAGGUUGCUGUCAAGCGGUUGAGCUUUGAUGGAGUUUCUAGACAUACAGCUGCCCAUCUGCAAAGAGGGUUUCUUAGGGAGGUCUUUGUGCUCAAUUCAAUUAUCCGCCCUAACAUUGUGAGGCUAAUUGGUUGCUGUUCUGAGGAAAGUGAACGACUUGUGUAUGAAUAUAUUUACUGGGGGUCUAUGCGUAAACGUUUGACUGAGUUGGACUGGCAGAAAAGAAUGAAUAUUGCCCUUGGUGCAGCUAAGGCUCUGGAGUGACUCCACCUCCAAGUCAAUCCAUCAAUCAUUCACAGGGACAUCAAAUCAGACAACAUUUUAUUAUGCUUGGACUUUGAGCCAAAGGUUUCUGAUUUUGGGUCUGCUAAAAUUGUCCCAUCUGGGGGCGUAGGAUCUGGACAGGUGGGAACAUUUGGAUAUAUGGCACCAGAGGUUGCUUUUUGUAAAUCCAUAUCGAUCCGGUCAGAUAUUUACAGUUUUGGGGUUGUGCUCUUGGAGCUCAUUACUGGACGGAAAGCCAUGGAUAGUAAGAGACAAGACGAAGAACAACAUCUAGCUUCUUGGGUACGUUUCUUGUUUCUAACAAUAUAUUUAACUCUUUUUUAUUUCCUUUUUUCCCUCUUCAAUUGUCUUCCCCGGUACCUAAUUCUUUGACCAUUUUUCAUGGUAUUAGAAGGCAAGUUUUGGAUCUUAUUAUGUUAUUUAAGAACAAGUUUUGGAGUAGUGGCUCAUUUGACUGUGUUUGAAAGUCCAACAAAUCUAUGGACAGUUUAAGGUUGAAACAUCAUUUCUGGAACUAAUGGAGAUAUAUAAACUGUUGGACAUGUUAGACAUGUAUGUGGUUUGUCUGUUACUUAUCUGAAGACGAAUAAUACCGGAGAGAGUUGUUUGUACAUAUACUGUUCAUAUUUGGAAGAGUGCCACACCUGGUUGUGUACACGACUACACUUUGCAGCAAGUAUUUUAUCUCCUACCUAGGUCAUCAUUCACAAAUAUCACUUUUGCAUGGAGCAGCAAGUUUAAAAGACCCGUCAAAAUUAUAUGCUUUACUUGUCGGAGAGGGUUAUUUGGUACCAGAUACUUGUCAGAGAGGGUUACUUGUCGGAGAGGGCUAUUCAUCGUUUUGAAGGUGUGAUGCACCCAGUUGUAAACCACUACACUUUGUCUCAAGAACCUGAUCUCAUUUCUCCUAGAUUAUCAUUUCACAAAUAACACCUUUGCAGGCUAGAUCCAAGUUAGAAGAUCCAAACAAAUUCAAUGAACUACUUGAUCCAAUGUUACCUGGCUGUGCACCUAAGUCUGAUGACCUCUACAAGGCUCUUGCUACCGCGUGGAUGUGCACUAUGACAGAUGAUGUUGAACGACCUGAGGUUGGAGAAAUUGUUAAAAUCCUUCGCUGUUUGGUCCACAGGUCUAGUGAUAAUAUAGGUUCAUCGUCAUCAGCGGCAUGACUGCCAUGGAAUAUCAUUCAAGAAAUAUGAGGCCGUGAUAUUCAGUUAGUACUGCAUGAUUCAGUCAAUCCAUGUUCAAGCUCAUGUGGAAUAAAACGAGGGGCAAAUGCAGAAGAGGAAGCAAAACCUCUCACCUGAUAUACAUUUCUUUACUGAUUAGAGGCCACACGAGUUUUUUCUGUGGGUGACUUGUCCGUCUGAUCUUCUAACAACAUGAGAAAACACGAUUUGUACACUAUGGUUUGUAACCUUGGUUGUGUAGCAAGUUGAUACUUUGGUAGAACAGAGAAUUCAUGUUCAACAUCUGCAUUUGUGAGGAUGCUGAUCAUAAGCAAAACCUAGAUUCCUGUUGUCAAAGCAGCCCUGGGAGCAUCUCAAUUGUGAUCAUAUUAUGUUACUUAGUGUUGGAUUUCA